UUGAAAUGUUUUCCAUAUGUUUGUGCUCAGGAGCCACCACGACAGCGACGUCGACCCUUCGCGCGUUUGCGGCGCGUACGUUCUACUUAUAUACCGGUGUUUGGCUCACUGACUUCAAUAGCUAAUACGGCCACCUCUCAGGAACGCUGUUCGAUCUGCCUUGACGAAUAUGCAGAAGGCACGGAGCUACGGGUGCUCUUCUGCGGGCACGAGUUCCAUCCGAAAUGCGUGGAUCCCUGGCUGCUAGCUAACAGACGCUGUCCACUCUGCCAAUUUGACGUGGUUUACAAGCAAUAUCCAAAAGUGGAACCGUCCACUAAGAAUCGUCUGUGA